UGUGUGUGUGUGUGUGUGUGUGUGUGUGUGUGUUGGUACUUCCGGAUUAUGAGGACUUUUUUCCGGUUUACAUACCGACAUUCCGAGGACAGUAGGGGAUUAUGAGGACACCUCCAGUGUCCCCAUAAUUCAAACACCGUAGCGGCACUCAGGAGGCUGCCAUUAACCUCCCCUCUCUUUUUCUCGUCAUGUCCUCACAACCCGAUAAACCUGAAAUUUUGUGUGUCGCAGUGUGUGCUCUCAGUGUAUAAUCUGCAGACGCUUCCACACACGUUUUCCCGCCGUUCACACACAAAAUCACCGCCACUCAUUGGCUAACCACUUCUUGCUCAAUGAUUGGCUGAACUUCACGUCAAUAGGCUGCAGCUGCGAGUUCUGAUCCGUGAUUGGCUGAGCCGAACGUCAAUCAACUGGCUGCGGGUUCUGAUCCGUGAUUGGCUGAGCUGAACCUCAGCGGCGGAUUCUGAUCCAUGAUUGGCUGAGCCGGAUGGUCAGAGGUUAAAGGUAAAGUUCGGCAGCCAUCUGACAAAAUCGACGGACGAACGUUCAUCGGAUCAGGUGUAUACGAGCAACGUAAAAUUAAUAUACAGGUAAGUGCCACUAUUACAUACUUUAUACAGCGACAUGUAUCUGGAUGUAUCAGAAUGUAUCAGGAUACAAUGCGGCUGGUUUGUGAAACGAAGCCGGGUCCGGUGCCGGCGCUAGCUACGUACAUGCUGCAGCUGGUAUACAGCAAGCUGCUCCGUCCGUCUCCGCUCUUCAUCCCCGGUAGACUAAUUUCAGAUAACAAUUAAUUAACGGGUGACGCUGUUAGAUAUUUUUUAUACAGCAAAAUAUAUCCUGACGGAUUUUAAUGCGGUUUGUAAAACCAACUUUGUAACACAAUGUCAUGGCGGCGGGUGAACCCGAGCAGAGAGUGACGAGGGACUGAGGCAGGAACAGAUGUAGGUUUAUUUUUAUUUUUUUUACAGAGACAACAGGAUAACCAAGGAAACUCGCGGAGAAAUAAGUCAAUCUUCGACUGUUGGGGAAUAACUAAACAGAACUCAUUAAAAGGGGAGGGCGACGGUUCCGGGAACCGGCGGUCCGGCCGGCGUCCUCUGUUCGGAGCGGGUCGGCGGCGGAGAGCGUGCUGGAGCGUCCCGUUCCACGGAGGAGGCAGGCAGGAUUAUCCGAUGGCUGGGAGGCACGGCAGGCAGGGAGAUCCAGGGGCAGGUCGGGAAUCCAGUGGCUGGAAGUGGGGAGAAUCCGGAGGGUCUGGUCGGGGAAAUCCGAAGGUUGGUACUGGAGAACAGAACGGCAGAACCGGGCAGCUGGGGCAGCGGAACUUUGGGUGGCAGAACAGGUUAGCGAUAAUUUUUCUACAGCGGCAGAUAUGUGCAAGGCUGGCCAGAACUGACUAUCUGGCAGGGUGUGGAGCGUGAGACCGGCUUUUCUGGAGGUGAUGAGUUGCAGGUGUGCUGUGAAACAGCUGCCCGGAGUUCUGAGGAUGAGACUGAUUAGUGAUAGGAGACAGCUGCGGAGAGCAGCUCAGCCAGGCUUCAUUGGGAGAGCAGGGAGAGGCAGAGAGAACUGAAAGGGAGAAAAACAGGGGAAAUUAACAGAAAGAAGGGAGAGGGAGAGAAGGAGGGAGGUCAGGAGGGGGCUGAAGCCGGAACCGAGGUGGGGGCCCUGACACACACGGCCGACAGCAAUGCACAGUACCGAGUGGAGCCGCAGCAGCAUCGAGCUUUAAAUCGUAAUAUUCUGUGUGUGUUUAUUACUGACAGUGCCAUCUGGACAGUUAAGAACAACAUGUUGUUAGCAUUUCUACUAAACCGUUUCAGAACUGUAUGAUAAUGUUUUCUUGUUAGUUUUCUCUCAUACUCUGAAUCUGAAAUCUCAGUUGUAGUACCAUUUAAAGAAGCCACACUUCAGUUUUAGUCAUAUCUAUAUUUUCAAGGUUUUUAUAGAAGGGUUUAUUCAUUCUGAACAUCAGUUUUUAUUAUUUUAUUUCUACGAACCUGUUAAAUGUGAAGCCAGAAUAACUGAUAUGGCUUGACUUGAUAUAUAGGUUGGCUAAUAGUUGUCCAGAGGACAGAUAUGUGACAUUUCUGAUAUUUAUAAAUAUCCUGACUGAAAUGUCUUGUUGGCCUAACAUUAUUACAGCAAAGAUGACAGAGAGGAGGAGGAGGAGGAGGAAGAGUCCUGAUCAAGAUGCUGUAGAUCACAUCGUAGAAAGACGAGACAAACCCUUCCUAGAGGGAAAAUUCAUCAGCACAUUUAAAGGGAGAGGUGUGUUUACACAGGAAUACAUUGCACCACAAAGUUUUGUGGUGGAGUACCGGGGAAUUUUGUCUCCAAGUAAAGGUCUUGAUGACAAAAAUAACCACUAUUUAUUUGACUUUAUGUGGAACGGGCAGCACUAUUGCAUAGAUGCUUUGAAAGAUGACGGAACGCUUGGCCGACUCGUCAAUGAUGAUCACAUAAAUCCGAACUGCAAAGUCAAAAAAAUAGUGGUAAAAGGAAGGCCACACUUGUGCCUGUUUGCUUUAAAGGAAAUAUUUCCAGGCGAGGAAAUAACGUACAACUAUGGUGAUUCCCCUUGGCCAUGGCGCUCAAUGGCACACUUUAAAGAACCAUGCACAUCACCAUCUGAGAAAGAAAUGCCCAUCUCCGCACGAAAACAAAAGGCACACUUUAAAGAACCAUGCACAUCACCGUCUGAGAAAGAAAUGCCCACCUCAGCACGAGAACAAAAGAAACUCCUUGGUGCCACAGGUCGGCACAUGACUGAAGUUAUUGCAACUCCUGGUGCACCAGAAGAUGAAGAUGCACACUUUAAAGAACCAUGCACAUCACCGUCUGAGAAAGAAAUGCCCACCUCAGCACGAGAACAAAAGAAACUCCUUGGUGCCACAGGUCGGCACAUGACUGAAGUUAUUGCAACUCCUGGUGCACCAGAAGAUGAAGAUGCACACUUUAAAGAACCAUGCACAUCACCGUCUGAGAAAGAAAUGCCCACCUCAGCACGAGAACAAAAGAAACUCCUUGGUGCCACAGGUCGGCACAUGACUGAAGUUAUUGCAACUCCUGGUGCACCAGAAGAUGAAGAUGCACACUUUAAGGAACCAUGCACAUCACCGUCUGAGAAAGAAAUGCCCACCUCAGCACGAGAACAAAAGAAACUCCUUGGUGCCACAGGUCGGCACAUGACUGAAGUUAUUGCAACUCCUGGUGCACCAGAAGAUGAAGAUGCACACUUUAAGGAACCAUGCACAUCACCGUCUGAGAAAGAAAUGCCCACCUCAGCACGAGAACAAAAGAAACUCCUUGGUGCCACAGGUCGGCACAUGACUGAAGUUAUUGCAACUCCUGGUGCACCAGAAGAUGAAGAUUGCCUCCAUAAAGUUACCUGUGCAGUUGUCAGCUCUUUGGAACGUUGUGAAGCGUGCAGAGGAAGACCCUUCUCCAAUUUAAAAUGGCUUGGUGUGACAUGUCAAUUGUGCUCAAAAUCAUGGCACAAAUCCUGCUUUUUCAAGAGGAAUUCAACAUCGGAUGAUCGUGUUUGUGACUCUCCAGAAAGUAGUGAUGGCUGUUUUUCAGAUAAGGACUACGUGCCUUGCAGUAGUGAUGGAUCCAGCUCUGAAGACCUCUGGUGUACCAGCUCUGGUGUACCUGCAUCAAGUAGAGAUGGUGGUGAUCCAUCUUCCUCCAACACUGAUCCAAGCCUACCACGUCAUAAGGCUAGGGCAGCUGACUUGCUGUCUUCUAAGAAAAGGAAGAAGAAAAUGCCACAACCCAUUGACUGCAUGGAGCAGGAGGACAGAGAUGCCUUCACCUCUGGCAAAUUUGGCAUCGAAAAAGACCUCAUACCUGAUAGCAAAUCUUCUGAUGAUGAUCCUACCACAAGCAAUACCCAGAGCUUUCCAACAACUGCAACAGACUCUCUUUCUGAUGUUAGUGUGACAAAGACUGCACCAGCCCCAAAAGGGUCUUCUUGUACUGAAAAGAAUUACUGUUAUGUUUGCAAGACACCUCAAUCGAAAAUUGCUCGUCACCUUAAAAAGCAUGAAAAAGAAGAACCGGCUAUUGCUGAAGUGUUUUUGCUCCCAAAGAACUCCAAAGAGAGAAAAAGGUUACUAGAAAAGUUGCGGAACAAAGGUAAUUAUGAACAUAAUCAAGAAGUUCUCGCACAUAAUGAUGGACUACUGAAGGUAAAAAGAAGAUCGAAACAAUCAAAAAGCUCUCUCAAUACAAACAACUAUGUGCACUGUGCAUAUUGUAAAGGAAUGUUUGUCCGUAAAGAGCUGUGGCGCCAUUCACGUAAGUGCCCUUCAAAGACAAUGUCAGAAUCUGAAGCAGUUGGUAAAGCCAAAUGUUUAGCUUUGGCUGAUAUUGCGGAGUCAACAUGCACCCAAGCAAUUUCCCCUGGAGUGUGGAAGGUUCUCAAAAAUAUGAGGCAAGAUGAAGUAGGAUCUGUAGUUCGAAAUGAUUUCCUCAUACUGCAACUGAGUCAGUCUCUCUACAACAAGCAUGGAAGUGAUCCAACAAAAUUUGAGUAUAUGAGACAAAAGGUUCGGGAAAUGGGCAGACUGUUGUUGACCUUGAGAAAAGAAAAAUCAAUUUUUAGCUUUGAAGAUGCUACUAAACCAAAAAAUUUCUAUAAAGUCAUUGCAGCUGUCAGAACAAUUGCUGGUUAUGAUGAAGAGAAGAACUGUUAUCGCACACCAAGUCUUGCCCUGAAAUUAGGACAUUCGCUCAAGAAGAUUGGUGACAUUAUUCUCUGUAGGGCCAUUGCAGCAGAGGAUGAACAGAUGAUAAAAGCAGCAGAGCGAUUCACACAGCUCUGCACAAAAGAAUGGGCAGGACUUGUCUCCCACACAGCACUUGCUUCCUUAAGCAAAUCAAAGUUUAAUAAACCAUCUACCCUGCCAUUCACAGAAGAUGUUCAGCGUUUGCAUCAGUACCUGGAGAAGAAAUCAGCUGAUGCUGUUGAAAACCUGAAAGAGCAUACGUCUCCCCAGUCUUAUGGAGAGCUUGCCAGAGUGACUCUUACUCAAAUAAUUAUCUUCAACAGACGUCGUGCAGGAGAAGUCUCAAAAAUGACACUUGAGUCUUUUGAAAAAAGAGACCAGACUGAGCUUCAUGUGGACAUUGCUGCUGGACUCUCACAAUUUGAGCAAACGCUAGCCAGGCACUUCAGCAGGGUAGAAAUUAUGGGCAAAAGAGGGAGAAAGGUGACAGUUUUAUUAAAUCCUGAGGUCCUCACUGCAGCAACACUUCUUGUAGACAAAAGAGACACCUGUAAUGUGCACAAGGAUAAUCCCUUCCUGUUUGGACGGCCACAGUGCUCCUCCACUAGUCACUACAGGGGACAGGACUGCAUCAGGAAGUUUGCACACCUGUGUGGUGCAAAGAACCCUCAAUAUCUCAGGUCUACACAGCUUCGCAAGCAUGUCGCAACGUUGUCCCAAAUUCUCAACCUCAAGGAUAAUGAGCUGGACCAACUUGCCAACUUUUUAGGACAUGAUAUUCGGGUCCACAGAGACUUUUAUCGGCUGCCAGAGGCAACUAUAGAAAUGGCAAGAAUCUCAAAGCUUCUACUGGCAAUGGAGAAAGGAUCUCUUGCAGAAUUCCAGGGAAAAUCUCUUCAUGAGAUUGAGAUUGAAGCUGAAUUGGACCCAGAGCUGGACGAGGGUGAGCAAGAUGAUGAAAAUGAUGACGACAAGGAAGGCGGUGGAGGCGACGACGAUGGCGGUGGAGGCGACGACGAUGGCGGUGGAGGCGACGACGAUGGCGGUGGAGGCGACGACGAUGGCGGUGGAGGCGACGACGAUGGCGGUGGAGGCGACGACGGUGGUGGAGACGGUGACAUUGGCGGUGGAGACGACGAUGAUGGCAGUGGAGACAGCAAUGAUGGCGGUGGCGGUGGAGACAAUGAUGAUGGCGGAGAUGAUGAAUCAGAUCGUGCCCUUGGACUAAGGGGUAAAAGAAAAAGGAUGGAAUUGACAAAGGAUGAGACCAAGGCUUUCAAGGAAAAAAGAAAACGUAUGGAAUCUACCCAGGAUGAGGCCAGCACUUCCAGAGGGCAAAAAAAUCUGUUGGCGAUCCAAAGUGAGGUAACCAGCUCCAAAGAGGUCAAGUCAAGAAGAUGUGUAAAAAAGCCAUGGAGAAAGAAUGAAGUUAGUGCUGUUAUGAAACACUUCAAAACACACAUUUCAAAGGGACACCUUGCAACAAAGUUAGAGUGUGAGCAGUGUAAGCGUGCUGAACAUGCUGCAUUGAGAGACAGAACUACUCAAAACAUACGAGAUUUUGUUAGGAACAGAGGCCUCAUGGUCAAAAGGAAAAGUGUCUUAUAGCCCACAGGCACCACAAGUUGUUUAUAACUGUACUGUUGUAAACUGAUACCACAAACUGGUCUGUACCCCAGUUGAGCUAUUUUGUUGUUGUUGUUGUUUGUUUACAUUAAUGUCAAUAUUUUACAGUUUCUCAGGGCAAUAAUUAUGUUAAGUUAGUCUUUGGUCCCAUUUUAUGUUGUAUGCAUUGCUUGGUUGUACUGUACCUUUUAUACAGACAGCAAAAGUACUGGAAUUUUAUUUUUCAUUUAAUGACAUUCAAUGACAUCGAGUCUGUGGAAUCCUCUGGAAACACUAAGCUAAGCUGCUAACACUGAGUUGUAUCCAGUGAACCAUGUUUGAUUCCAAGAUGAAAUGUUUGUUGCUGUAUUGGUUUAGUUGAACACACUGGAUUGUUUCUUGUGGAAAACAUGUGGCCUCUUAAACAGUAACAGAGCAGAGUUUCAUUUUUCAUUUUAUGAAAUUUUUAC